AUGGCACCCCCACCUGGCUGUGGUGUGUGCGGCAAGCAAGAUGGACUUCUUCGCUGCUCUGGCUGCAAGGCUAUGAUGUACUGUGGUGUCGAACACCAGAUCGCCCACCGCAAAGAGCAUUGGUCUGCUUGCAGCGCCAUCCGAAAAAGUCGUUUUGCUAUUGAGAAGAACAGGCCAUAUGGGGCCAGCGCGACUUUCAGGACCCGCUUUUACAAGAAAUUCCAUUGUGAUCUAUGUGAUGCAAUGGGCAGUGUUAACCGCUUCGAAUCGUUCAUAGCACAGGUCGACCGCCUGAUGGAAGAAGAGAGAUUCCGUCGUGCUCCAAUUGAUGGGAGCCGCGAUGGCGACCUCGAAUCGUCCAGGGCCCGCGAGACGCCACUCUCGGCCUGA